UUUGCAAACGAGCAGUCACGAAUGUAUGAACCUUGACACCUAUGAUUUGCGCUCGGCUGGUCACAAGAGCAUCGAAGUUGCACAAAGUGUUACCACCCAGUGCACAGUUCAGAAAUUGUGACAACAUCCAGGUUGCAGGUGCCCGUCUUGCAAAGUAUUCUAGCUCCACAAUGUCCCUCAAGUCACACGCUAAAGGGUCUCCCUACCCAAGCUUGUCCCCAGGGACACUGAGGAUCUACAGCAUGAGAUUCUGUCCAUUCGCCCAGAGGACCCGUCUUGUGCUGGAGCAUAAGAAGAUACCGUAUGAGACAAUCAACGUGGACUUGAAGAAGAAGCCGGACUGGUUCCUGGAGCGGAACCCGCUGGGUCUGGUGCCAGUGCUGGAGAAGGACGACCAGGUGGUGUACGAGUCGCUGGUGUGUGACGACUACCUGGACCAGGUCUACCCAGACUCUCCGCUCUACCCUCAGGAUGCCUACAAGAAGGCUAGAGAUAGGAUUCUGUUGGAAACCUUCUCACAGGUGACAACUGCCUGGUACAAGUUGCUUUCUUCAGGAGGCAGUGAUGAAGCAGGGGAGAAGUUCUUCAGUGUUUUAAAGACAUAUGAAACUGCCCUUGGUGAUCGAGGGGAGUUCUUUGGAGGUGCCACCCCCUCUAUGUUGGACUUCACAGCGUGGCCAUGGUUUGAAAGAAGUGGAGUCUUGGAGAAGGUGGCACCAAAGUAUGCCAUCACUGAAAGCAACUUCCCCAACAUUGCAGCCUGGCAGAAGAGAAUGUUUGAACUUCCAGCAGUCAAAGCCACCAUGUUUGACACAGAGUCCCAUCUCAGAUUCUUUGCAUCUUACAAAGCAGGCGCCCCAGACUAUGACUAUGGUUUAUGACUACGCCAAGCAAAACUGUGAACACUGACUGAACUGACGACCACUGUUGUUUUAUUUCUAUAAGCUGUGAUCAGUCAGGUGUCGGUCAGUCGGUUCACUGGAAAGAAAUAACUGCUAGAUCUUAAACUGUUUAAGGUAAUUAUUUGUCAAACAGAUUAGUAGGGUUUGUGAUUUUAUCAAGAACAAUCAGGGAGAUCAAUUAAUAUAGGACUCUUUUUUAGUUUAUUUUCUGUUUGCUGCAUUUAAACUAUCAAAUUACAAAAAAGGCAUCUUAUACAUAAUAGAUUACUGUAUAGUCUUUCAUGUCAGGAAUGAACAAAUGUGAUGGUCCAGUUGAUGGAAAGAUAGGAGGAAACAAAAGGGAAGUAUAUUUUGGGCAGGAAAUGUUUAUUAAGCCUUAGAGGAUCAAACAUUAUUUGUCAUGGUGAUGAACGCCCAGGUACUAGCAUUUCCUUAAUGAAUUGGGCGGUCGGGUAGCCUAGUGGUUAAAGCAUUAGCUCGUCACGCCGAAGAUCCGGGUUUGAUUCCCGACAUGGGUACAAUGUGUGAAGCCCAUUUCUGGUGACCCCCGCCGUGAUAUUGCUGGAAUAUUGCUAAAAGCGGCGUAAAAUCUCACUCACUCACUCACUCCUUGAAGAAUUACUAUGUUGAAAUGAGCAUUUCAAGGGAACACAGAAGUGAAUGUUACAGGCCAAUAUUCCUUUCAGUACAUACAUACCUGGACAGUAUGCAGUAUAUAUCCUAGUUUUUUAUUUGUGCCACCUACCCAGGACCAAGGAGCCUUGUACUAGUGCUGACGCUGCAUAUAUCAAGAUAGUUGUCAUUGUAAUCUUUCAGUAUUUGAUGUGACUUGUAUACGUUAUGAUUGAUUAUUGGUGGUACUUUGUCACCGGAUGUGCCAUUUGCAGAACUUUACAGCACAGGGUAGAAACCCUGUUGAUCUGGAUGUAUCAUCCUCUCUGAAAUCCUCCAGAUUAACACAUUUGUUACAGAGAAUCAUGCUUAGUGCACAUGGCAGCUCUCCCAGACGUAAUCGUCUGGAAAGAGGGGUUUCAGGGUUAACAACAUCUGAACUAGGUUCCACUGUAGUGUGUUUGAUUACAGUGUUAUUCUUCAAGGAAGACAAAAUGAGGCAUUUCAUCAAUUGCAAUACUGGAACAACAAUUCCAGUUUGUAGGUUGUUAAUGAUGCACCCAGCAAUAUUCCUGCUUUAUGAUGGCAGUCUGUAUAUUCAUGGGCCUGGACCAGACAAUCCAGUGAUUGACAUCAUGAGUAUAGAUCCAUGCGAUCAGAUAGGAAGACAUGCAUCAACCAAGUCAGCAAGCCUGACCACAGGAUCCUGUUAGUCGACUCUUACAAGCAAGCAUGGGUUGCUGAAGAGCGAUUCUAACCCGGAUCAUGACAAGGGAUUUCAAGGUGUAUGUCAAUGGUAUGAUGAGAAUUCCUUGACCUUCCCACAGUGCAGACAUGCAGUAUUCAACAUGGAGAUACAGUAUGUUGCUGGUGGGUAUUGCCACACACAAUCUUCGAUUGAGGAUGUUCUUUUACUGGCUGUGAGUAGUGAUCAUUAAUUAUCACUGUGAAUAACAACCUGGAUUCAAAUGAAUUGAGUUACUGGUUAACAGUUUUCUGAAUGUGUUGCUUUGGGGCAGUGGACAGUUGUGAUGCAUCCAUAGUUUUAUCACCUCUGCAUUUUGUCAAUAAACAUACAAUUAUGUCAUACUCACGAUUGCUGGGAAUUGUGCAGACAAGAAACUUUAGGGCAACUGAUGGUGACAUGAAGUUUCUUCAUAUCCAAGAGAUAUAUAGCUUAUUGUUAUUCAUAUAGAAUCAUUUCUUCACAAGUUAUACAAUAUUAUGUCUCCCUUCGUUGUGAAUUAUUACAUGAGUCAAAAAAUGUUUUCUUUGAAUUAAAAAAAAUUAUACAAACUAUUUAAAAA